GGCACUCGGGUGGGCGCGCCGGGCUGCGGGGCGUGAGGCGGCUGCGGCGGCGAUGAAAUUCCCGGGUUCCGUCCUCAUCUCCCUCGUCCUCUUCGUGGCCGAGACGGCGACCGCGCUGUGCCUGAGCGGCGCGUACCGGGCGGCGGGGGACCGCAUGUGGCAGUGGCUGACGCUGCUCUUCGCCCUGCUGCCCUGCGCGCUGGUGCAGCUCAGCCUGGUCUUCAUCCACCGCGACGUGAGCCGCGACCGGCCGCUGGUGCUGCUGCUGCACCUGCUGCAAUUGGGGCCGCUCGUCAGGUGCGUGGAAGUCUUUUACAUUUACUUCCAUGCCGGCAGAGUUGAAGAGCCCUAUGUCAGCAUCACAAAGAAGAGGCAGAUGCCCAAGGAUGGGUACUCAGAAGAAGUUGAGAAGGAAGUGGGCCAGGCUGAAGGCAAGCUGUGUACCCACAGGUCUGCAUUCAGCAGGGCCUCUGUGAUCCAGGCAUUCCUUGGCUCAGCACCACAGCUCACACUCCAGCUCUACAUCUGCGUCCUGCAGCAGGAGAUCACGGCUGCCAGAAGUAUUUUUAUGGUCCUUUCUCUUCUGUCAAUUGUAUAUGGCGCCUUACGCUGCAACAUCUUGGCUAUUAAGAUUAAAUACGAUGAUUAUGAUGUCAGUGUGAAACCAGCUGCCUACCUCUGCAUAUUCAUGUGGAGAAGCUUUGAGAUUGCUACACGUGUUACAGUGUUGGUCCUUUUCAGCUCAGUCCUUCAGAUCUGGACUCUCCCUGUUGUGCUAGUGAAUUUCUUUGGUUUUUUCUUUUAUCCAUGGAUUCUCUUCUGGCAAAGCAAGUCCCCAUUUCCUGAGAACAUAGAGAAGGCACUGAGCAGGGUUGGCACUACUAUUGUCUUGUGCCUUCUUACCUUCUUGUAUGCAGGCAUUAAUAUGUUCUGCUGGUCGGCAGUGCAGGUGAAGCUCAAUGAUCCUGACUUAAUUAACAAAUCCCAAAAUUGGUACCGAUUGACUGUGUAUUAUAUGCUGAGAUUCAUCGAGAAUGCAUUCCUCCUGCUGAUGUGGUACAUCUAUAAAACUGAUAUCUACUUAUAUGUCUGCGCCCCGUUGUUGGUCUUGCAGCUCCUGAUAGCUUACUGUAUGGCUAUCCUCUUCAUGUUGGUGUUCUACCAAUUCUGCCACCCAUGCAAAAAACUGUUCUCAUCCAGCAUUACCGAAGGUUUGCUGUCCUGUUUCAUGUUCUGCUUUAUUUGCAAGUCUCCCAAAUCCUCCACCCUGACAGACAAAGCGGAUUUGAAAUCAUCUGAAAAUGCUGAUGAGUCACAGAGCAGUAACAAGACAAUAGAUUCUCCAAAUGGGAAUCCUCAUCAAAGUGUUUCUUCCAAUGCCUAGUUCAACUGGAAGCAAGUCUGUGCCUUUGGAAUGUGGCAGAUCAGCUGCUGGGAAUGUUGGGCCUCAUGGAUAUUGUGUCUUGUGGAUGGGAUUUCUUUCUUGCAGGUGUACACUGCAUGACAAGUGACAAGCCUACCUUUGUGGAAAACUGUGAGUUUGGGUAUGUGCACCUGACUGUCUGUGUAUGGACAUAGAGAGCAGUCAUUGUUUGUAGACUUCUGUUUCAGAUUUUUAUUUUUGCACAUAGGUUUAUUAUCCUGUGCCUAUUUUAAAAUCAUUAUAGAAGACAUCCUUUAACAUCUAGCCUGAUUCUCAUCUUACUCAGGAAAUCUGAGGAUGGAAGGAAACGCGUUUCAUUUCAGAAAGGAUGUCAUUAUGGCAUGUCACCCUCACACAGACACAGAGCAUAGUCUUUGACUUUAAACUGACUAUAGCUGUGGUCUGCUUUGGUUGAAUUGCAGACUACACUCUAGACAAUGUGAUAAAAUAGUGCUUCUCUCUGUGGCAUAAGAAUUUGACUUCUACAAUUCACAGUAGCCUGGAUUGCCAAGAAAACAGCUAAUUAGCUAGCACUAACGCUGAAAUGUGACUGUUACUGAGAGUGGACAGAGGGGUUACUGGCUUAUGCACUAUUUUACUCUUCAUAUUUGCUGCUCGUUACUAAGGGAAUUAAAUUUAACACAGUAAGCGUAAUGUUCUGGAACAGCUUGGUGUACUGACAUCACUUAAAUACUACUUCAGAAUCUGUGAUACUCUGGUAUUAGGGUGGCGUCCACUUCACAUAGCUUGAGAUAUCUUCAAGUUUGGUCAACAGUGUGAACUAGUCAGCUAGGGGCUGUCCAAGAAAUAUCUCCAGUGAGUGAUUCAGCCUUUCUGAAAAUGUUGGCUUAGGUGACAUGAAUCAUUCUCUGAAGACCUGCUGCUCUGUGUUAACCAUAUGUCUUGACAGCUGAUCUGACUAUCUGUCUCCAUUUCAGAUGGCUAAAGUUAGAAAAGACAAAUGCUCCUCUGACUGUCGGGGGGGUCGGAGCGGUUGGUAGCACAUGAAGCAGGUGCUUUUGUGAUAACUCCUUUCUGACUCUGUAUUGUGGCUGGGUUGGUAUCAGUAGUGCAAACCCUCUGGCAUCUUUUACCUCAUAAGUACUACUGGCUUGAAGUCUGAAAGAAAGAAAAUGGACAUUGUUGACUUUUUCUUCUAUGCACUAUAUCACCACAAAUGAAAGUGUUUCUGUAUUUUGCAAAUCACUGGUGAAACUUUAGUGGGUGGAUAACCAAGGAGUACAAUUUAGUGGAAAUACAAAACAAUACAGCUGUAUUUAGAAAGAGUAAGUGAAAGCAUUUUGCACUUUGGUUACUUAGCACUUUGAGUUUCUUCUUUACUUGACACAUUGUGAUUACUAUUGAAAAGAAAAUAAUUCAUGACUCAAAGUACCUUCUCGUGCCUCAGCUUAACUUCCAACCUGCUGUCAUGGAGAAUGUGAAGUUCUUAGGUAGGGAUCAGAUCAACACCAUUUUAUUAGAAAUGCCUCAAGUUGGGGUCUGAAGUCAUUUGUAAUGGGAUUUCACAUGAAGUACUGCAAAGAGCUAAGCUGUUUUUAUUUUUUUGUUUAUUGCACUGUAAAUGAAAUGUCUUCCUACUUCUGUUUUAUAAUGGAGUUAUGUUUUUUCAAUUUGCUUGAUGUGUGUAUGUAUGUGUGUUAUGCAAUUAAAUCAUUGGUGGGUGGUAAUGUGAGUUUCUGGUGUGAGCUUAGCAUAGGAACAUAGCUCACGUAUUUGGGAAAGGCACCAAAUAUCUCUGCUCUGGUUUCUCUCUCUGAGAAGCAUUAGAAUGGUGAAGCAAUUCCUUGAAAACAUGUCAGUACUUCUCUCUACUUGUAUACAUAAAGGCACUGUACAGUAUUUCCAUGUACUUUUCUAAAUUAUUUCAGAUUGUUAUUAUUUUUUUUAAUAGUGAGUUGAAGGAGCAAUUGAGAAUGUGGUCCUUUGCUUCCAAAACUUCAGAAUUCAGGACACGGGCAAUUUUUUGGUGUUCCUAGCUAGAACUGAGUAUCUAAUUCAUAGAUGAUGAUUAGUGAACUACAGUCAUUGCCUAUCUACAGAUGUACAAAGAUGUAAAACUUUGGUGGUUUCACGUGUAGAGGUACUUCAGAACUAUAAAGAGGGCUCAGAAGUCUUUAAAUAAGACUUCAGCACUGGUCCUGUUGUGAAUUUGCCGUUUGAAAAGAGUGGGAACUUCACAAACCUCAGCUAGUGAAAUGUUUAUGCUUCAGGUAAGCCAAUAGUAGCAGAAUUAUGCAGCUGGGAGUUCAGUAUGUGUAUGUAGUGGGUACCAUUUAACUCCACGUACUAAUGAUGGAUGCUAAUGUGUAAACAUGUUUUUAGAGAAUGUGCCAUAUUACUUCCUAUUUUUAUAACAGUGUCCUCAAAUGCAUGCAUAGAAGCCUGAAUAUUUAAACCAUUAUGAGAAAAAGAUUGUUUGGGUUAUACUGCUGUUACAUGGCUUUGCCAUAGUUGUGCAUACCAGCCAAAUGCAGUUUAAACACUCCAUCAACAUGAGUGCCAUUGCUUUAGCUGUGCCUCAUGUCUCCUCAGCAUCAGUUGCUGAUUGACUUAUCUCUGCUCUGUGUAUGUUCUGAGCUUAUGGUGCUGCCACUGCUGAAGGGAGAGACAAAGAUGUUCUGUUGCAUUAAGACCAGUAUUUUACAAACAAGCUCAUGUUCCUAAAGUGUCCUAUAAUGUGAGGAAAUGCAUUUUAUUUUUCCAGGGUAGUGACAAUCUAGAUAGUGUUAUUAUCAAUGCACUCAGUGGCUGCACUGGGAGAAGAGCUGUAUUAGCUAGGAAAGAUAUGUGUUUGAAUUAGUGAUGUCUACCAUUGUUUUAAGUGUUACAGGUGUAUGUGUCACUGAAAAGGUACAGGGCUAAUGUUAAAAACUUCAUUCACUUCAGUAGUCCUGAGUCACACAAAGGAUUGCUCAGUAAGGAUUGUUCAUGUAAAUGAGUAUGCAAGAUCUAGAACACAGAACAUAGGUUUUCUUUUAUACUUGUAAAACAACACAUUAAAAUGUUGAAACACAAACUUAAAUUGUGUUGGUGUCCAUUCUUAAUACAGACUUUUAGCAGUCCAAGCUACAGGUUAUAUAGUAUGCUGUCAGCUGUUAACACACAGAACAGAAGAUGUUUUUAUGCAAAUCUGACAGAAUAAUAAUCUGAUUGAUUUGGGAGUUCUUCAUCCAAAAUCACUGGGUGCAUCUAAUGCUAUUUAGCUGGUAGAGAACUCAGCAGAAGAUGUAGUAGUUGGUUUGAGAGAACAGUGUCAUAGAGAACAAGAUUGGCAUAAGUUAUUUAUUGUCACUCCUAGUCCCAGACUUGACCAACAGUUUAUGUAUAAGGCUGUAUGUGCACAAAUAACCUAUAAUCUUAGUGAAGCUAACAAAGCUUACAAUCUAUCUAAAAUGUGAUCUUAGUGAGGCUAGCAAAGCGUAAAACAUUCGUCACUUACUGAGGAUCUGUAUCAGCAAGGCAUCAAGGUAUAAGGAAUCUCUGCAUAGGGGUAACCUUGAGGCUGCUCACUAUUUAAGGAAUAAGAUAAUUGAUUCAUAGUCAUAAGUUGCUUUUUAGGUGUGUGCUCAAUUGGACUUCAGCUGUUGAACCAGGUUUCUGCUAUCAGUUCUUUCAGCCCCUCUGUUUGUGACAGAUUUGUGGUCAUUAAUGUGUUUUAGCAAGAACAUUAUUGGUACUGUUGCUCACUGUCCAUCCUGCAAGGUCUUGGGUACAAGGCCAGGUCAAUGGAAGGAGUUGAGGGAAGGAAGCAGGAGGGGUGGAGUAGGAGGAGCACACUGGCACAGUGUUUGAAGGAGGGAAAUAGGUUUGAACAAAUUUGUGAAGACAAUGGUUUGCCAAGAGGAGAUAUGCAAACUGAUGCAAUGAUCCUACUGAAAAUUAAGGUUUCAAUGUGAGUUAUCUACUUGACUUUCUGUCUGACCUGUUAGUAAGCCAGGAGCUUUCUCUUUUUAGGUGUGUUAAAGCUGUGUAAUCACACUCAGUGAUCCAGGUACCCGCUACCUCUCCCUCUAGGCAUGGAAGAGUAGAAGUUGUUGAAAUAAAGAGGUACAGAGGGAAGGAAGAUGAAGAUGUUAUGAAAGUCAUGGAAGGUAAUAAAAGUGACUUCAAUUUAUAGGGUGCACUGAUUACAGAAAGAACAUAUUUAAAGUACGUUUCUAACCAUUCAAAUAAAAUACAGGGUUGUUUUUUUUUCAUUAUUCUUAAAAAAUAUAUGGCAACUAAAAUGAAACCUUUUUAAAAGAAAAAAGAAUUGAUUAUUUGCAUGCCGGUUUGACAUUUGCAGGCUUGACUCAGCACAGGCAAAUAUUUGAGGUUGGUAAACUGUACUAGUUUGGGGAAAAAAAAAAAACAAAAAAACACCUGUUUUAUUUCCCCGUGUUUCCUACAUUUUUUUUCCAUAGGAGCUGAUGGUAUCUGUCUGUCCGAGAAUGGUAAAGAAUGCAUUGUCUCAAAUCAUCACGAGACAAUCGAAACGCUUUGUGGACAGUUUUACAUUUGAAAGCAUUUCUUUAGAGCUGUUUGCCUUUGCAGGGGAGGGCCCAAGAGUGUUUUCUGGCUGAAGACUUGUUUCCAGCCUGAUACAAGAGAUUGGGAGAUGAUACCAUUGUGUCCUGUGAAGGCAAGAUACAAUCUGGCAUCUCCUUGAAUCCUCCUCUCCCUGCCGAUUUAAAUUUGCAAGGCGUGGAAAACUGGAAAAAGAGUUCCUGCAGGGAUCCCCCGAAGCCAGAAGCUGUCAAUUCAAAAGAGCAGGCCCAACCACUCUGGACUAUAAGUAAGAGUACGUACUUUCAUCAUAGUUAUUCAACAGCUUACUGCCAUAGCCUCGGACAACCCACCACUGCCAAAGAUCAGCACUGCCAAAGAUCAGCACUACCAAGACAUCGCUGGAUCGAGAAGUGGUGAACCAUUUUUGCUUUGCGGUGUUUUUAUAUAUCUGUUUAUCUGUCUGUCUCUCCAGUUUCUAUCUUUUAUCUUCUUUUCUCCUUCACUCUUAGUAGUAUCUCCUAUCUCCUUCACUCUUAGUAGUAGCCAUUGCAUAAUAUUGUCUUAUCUGUAACGUGACUCAGGAGACAGAAAAAGAUUGAUCUCUCUCAAAACCCACAGGGUGGGAUGAGACAGUAGUCUAAAACAGCAAACCAUUUUCUGUUACUUCCUGCCUCCUGAAAGUGCUCGUGUGCAAAGGAAACAGGAUUUUGAGCUUUGUGCAAGGUGCUAUGGGGAGAUUAGUCAAUAAACAUCACAGACUCCAAUUGUUCAGAUUUUAUUGAUUAUAGUAAGCAAAGUAAGGAGGCAAUGCAGCGCUGGGCGACAGGGGGAUCUCCGUCCCGCCAAUUGCCGCACCACCCGAAGAUUGGGGCCAUUCUUUUAAGUGGUUCCAAUGACUGUCGUGGUAUUUCCGGAAUACUCUGCGCAUGUCUCAUUUGUUGUUACUGGGGUCUUCAGCUAUUCUUCUGUUGAUGCUGCAACACCCCCUUGCUCUUAGUUCCUAAAAAGAAAUACUGCUCGGGCAGCUGUGUCAACAUUCAGUAGAAGAUUAACUACACCCCGA